UCAUUUUGGUCAUACACGCACACUUUUAACUAUGAUGGAUCCCAAAUCAUCCUACAAAGAGGGCACUGAAGGUGAUGGAUUUUUGCUAGAUCCUGCGAUGUUCACAGUAAGUGACGAUCUUGUUGUUACACCAAUAUCGCCUGCCUCAGAACUAUCUUUACUGGAAAAAUUGAAGAUACCUUUGAAUGACAUCCAUGUCUGCGAGGUUCAAGUUGGCAGAGAAGAGGCUUCCCGUCUCUUAGCAGCUUCUUUUGUAUCUGAAUCUGCUCUUACUGAUACCUUCAUACGUAAGAUGCCAAAAGAUGCCUUCAUUUCCGACGUUCUGAAAGAAUAAUCUUGACGACAUCUGUGUUGUUAAUUGAUCAAGUAUAUUUUCUGGUCAUCUUGAACCUGGUUUUUUAUUAAUGUGAUAGAUAGUCUGUCAUGUUUAGGAGUAUUAUUGAAUCUCAAGUCUUCCAUGUACGUCGAAUUAAGGUACUUCUUUUGCUCCAUGAUACCUAAACUAUAGUUGUUUUCUCUUUU